AGUGAAACCUCCUGCUGACUUUAUAUUUCUCCAAAGGUCAUUUAGACUUCCCAAUUGGGCUGAAGAGAGCCGUGAGCCUCACUUUUCCUGAGGUGAGCCGGCAGAAACGGCACCGAAAUUGUGCCCAGGAUGCCACCGAUAUUCAAAGUGGCCAGUUCCUUGUGGCCCGCCCCGGCUCCGGAAGCACGGAGACACUUCCUCUGUUUCUGCAUCAGCAGGAGCUGCUAGCCCUGAGGCUCAACGAAUCGCAGAACGUCCGCCGGACUAGGAAAAGCCGGCGGAGGCGGGAAAGGGUCUCCGACAGCAGCUGCACUGCUGCCCGCCAGCACUCGGAUUCGCCACAGUCUAAGUCUGCGACAGGCGUGCCCGUGGGCACUGGGCAAGCAGGCAGUGUCCCGGCGGGCUUCGGCCGCGCCUCUGGGCUGUGGCUGCGAACAACGGGGAGAAAACAGCUUCCCGAGCCCGACAGUAGCCCCGCCUCAAGCUCCAGUCCUGCGGCCCCUAAGCGCCGCGGCCGCCGUCAACGGGAAAAGGCUGCCUCCCUACAGCCGCCGGCGUUUCAGGGGCUCCAGGGCUCAAGCUAUAGGGGAAGCCGCUUCUCGGUUACCUCGGGCACCUCGGCUUCAGUGGAGGCAGCUCGUCGCUUUCUGAGGCUCAAACACAAGCCCCCGCCCUGAAGGCCGCCGAUUUGAAGAGCACAACCGCCGGCGAACCGCUGCUCUGUCCAGUUGCGGAGGCCGAGCACUGGCCGGAAGCGGAAGUGACUCUUUCUGAGGGCGCGCGCAGGCCCGCCCCCUGGCUGGGGCGUCUGAGCCCGGACUACUUCCCCGCCGGAGAAGCUGCUGCCAGCCCCGGAGGCGGGGAAGGGUUAAUGCCACCGAGGCUGCAGACCCGCCGAAUCCUAGAGAGGGCCUUGCACCGGCUCGCCAAGUGGUUGUCGCCGUCUCGCGUCCCCGGUGGGGGAAGCUGUAGCGCGGACCCGUCUGUUGCGUGGCUGAUGGGCGGUGUCUGGUCACCGGAGCCUCGCCGGGUAAGGGUCGCCGCCCAGCUGCGCGCGCCGCGCCCUUGGCCUUCCGACGGCCCGCCCAGCACUUCUCGAGCUGUCGCUGCGAUCGUCGCAGCCUCCUCGAGGAACAGGCAUUUUGUCCCGGUCGGGCCACUCGCUAGGUCAGAAACAACCGCCCCCGAGGGUUUCGUACCGUUUUCUAGGUCUCGUGAUGCCUUCCUCACAGCUAUUUUUUUUUACUUGUGAGCACCUGGAAUGGAUAAAAGUGGCAGUUUUUAUUUCUUCCCAUGAGGUUCUGUAUCGAAUGAGAAACAGGAAGUUAAUCUAGACUAGGACAUUUCUAAGGACCUGGAAUGGCUUUGGGCAGCACCAGGAGGACCUGAAAAGAGUAUUUGAGGGCACAGAGAGACAGAAGAGUUGGCCAGCAGAAGGAUUUAUGAGAAACAAUUGAUCAGAAACAGUAGCAGAGAAACCUUUUAGAUUUCUUCUGUGGAAAAGCUGAUUCUUCCUUCAAAUUAAGUAAAACACUGAAGAGAAAUCAAAGUCUCAAAUACGAAAAGUAUGUUACUUAUAAUGGAAAUUUAGGAAAACAAAAGGACUGAUCUUUAAAGUUUUUUAACUGGUGAAAUAUUUAUAAAACUUUUGGGCUCAUCUCUAAGAAUUGCUGUGAUUCUGACACUUGAUAAUAUCUCAAAUAUAGAACAGUUUUAGUGAAAAAUAGCACUUGAGAAUACAUCAGAUAUUCCCAAGAAAGAAGAUCUGAGGAUGGAAAAGUGCCACUAACAAAUAAAUCAUUUACAUAUUUAUAAAUUACUUUGGCAAACACAAGAGACACUCAAGUUAAAGCACGGUGUUCAAUAAUACUGUAUUGAAUGCAAUGAAAGUUGGCUUUUAUUCAUACAUACAACAGAAACUAGUUUCUUCACUCCAAGAUUUUGUACAACUUACUAAAUUCCAGCUCUCCAUACAUCCCAAUGUCAGGGUCCUUGUAGCUUGGAGCCCUUAUCCAGGUAGCUGAACUGCUGCCCAGUGAACACUAUGUACAAAGUACUAUGAGGACCAUUCUCUUUUCUGGCAGUGAGGUAAAAUCAGGUCUUUUUGGAAGGGGAGAAGCCACAUGGCAUCUCUGCCACACAAAAUUACGCUGUCAUUGCCUUUGCGUCUUUCACACUCCUUUGUUCUCAAGCAUCAUUUUGUUAUUGAAACUUAUCCCACCUACGUCCUUUCUUGUGAGCACAUCUUGCUCAAUCCCUCCUCUCUUCAUAUUGUUCCUUUUCCUGUAUUGAGUUAGGAAAAGUAUGCAGGUAUUCCUGUCAUUCCUGACCAGGGGUGCUAUAUCUGUCAAAAGAGAGUAGGAGCAGUACGCAUUCUGAAAAAUGAUCACUCAUGGCUUGCAGGAGCAAGAGCCAGACAGGACUUUGGCACUGGAAGCUUUCUGAGUAUAUAAGACCUCUACCUCUAGACUAGCUCUUCAGUCACAGUUAUCUCCUUCAGUCCAUUAUCCUCCAAGACAAUGCCCAUGCCUUCUGGGGCUUUGAGCUAAGUUUUGUUUUAAAAAAAAAAGUGGGUUUUUUUUUUUUUUUUUUUUUUUAAUUUGCCAAUUCAGUAAGGCUUUUCCCUUUGUUUUCUCCUGUUGGUUGUUCCAAGUUAAAUUCAGUAUGAAUAAGAGAGGGAAAUAUACAACACUGAAUUUGGAGGAGAAAAUGAAGGUUCUAAGUAGAAUUGAAGCUGGACGAUCACUUAAAAGUGUAAUGGAUGAAUUUGGAAUCAGUAAGUCAACAUUUUAUGACAUUAAAAAAAAUAAGAAAUUAAUUCUGGACUUUGUACUGAAGCAGGAUAUGCCAUUAAUAGGGGCUGAGAAGAGAAAGAGGACAACUGGAGCCAAAUACGGUGACGUAGAUGAUGCGGUCUACAUGUGGUACCAACAGAAACGCUCAGCUGGUGUUCCGGUGAGAGGUGUGGAGCUUCAGGCUGCUGCAGAGAGAUUCGCACAGUGUUUUGGGCGAACAGAUUUCAAAGCUAGCACUGGUUGGCUUUUUAGAUUUCGAAAUCGGCAUGCAAUUGGGAACCGAAAAGUUUGUGGGGAGCAAGUCCUAAGUUCAGUUUCUGAAAAUGCUGAGCCAUUUCGACAGAAACUGUCCAUGAUAAUUAAAGAGGAGAAACUGUGUCUAGCUCAGCUAUACAGUGGGGAUGAAACUGACCUCUUUUGGAAGUCAAUGCCAGAAAAUUCUCAGGCAAGUAGGAAAGAUAUCUGCCUACCAGGGAAGAAAAUAAACAAAGAAAGGUUGUCUGCCCUUUUGUGUGCAAAUGCAGACGGAACUCAUAAAUUAAAGUCAAUCAUUAUUGGAAAAUCAAAACUGCCCAAAAGUGUGAAAGAGGACACAAGUACAUUGCCUGUGAUAUAUAAACCCAGUAGAGAUGUUUGGUUCACCAGAGAAUUGUUUUCAGAAUGGUUUUUUCAAAACUUUGUUCCUGAGGUCCGGCAUUUUCAACUUAAUGUUCUAAGAUUUCAUGAAGAGGACGUCAGGGCAUUGUUAAUUUUGGACAGUUCCCCAGCUCAUCCUUCCUCUGAAUCACUAACCAGUGAAGAUGGUCGAAUAAAGUGUGUGUUCUUUCCCCAUAACACUUCAACCUUGAUUCAACCAAUGAAUCAAGGUGUGAUCUUGAGCUGCAAACGACUGUAUAGAUGGAAGCAACUUGAAGAGAGUCUUGUAAUAUUUGAAGAAAGUGAUGAUGAGCAAGAGAAAAGAGAUAAAGGAGUUUCCAAAAUUAAAAUCUACAAUAUAAAAAGUGCAAUUUUUAACUGGGCAAAAAGUUGGGAAGAAGUAAAACAAAUAACCAUAGCAAAUGCAUGGGAAAAUCUUCUCUAUAAAAAGGAACCUGAAUAUGAUUUUCAAGGCUUAGAAGAUGGGGAUUAUAGAGAAAUUCUUGAAAAAUGUGGGGAGUUGGAAACUAAGCUAGAUGAUGAUAGGGUGUGGUUAAAUGGAGAUGAAGAAAAGGGUUGUCUCCUAAAAACCAAUGGUGGAAUUACAAAGGAAGUUAUUCAAAAAGGAGGAGAAGCUGAGAAGCAGACUGCUGAAUUUAAAUUAUCUUCUGUAAGAGAAAGUUUGGACUACCUUCUUGAUUUUGUUGAUGCCACACCUGAGUUUCAGAGAUUCCAUUUCACACUGAAAGAGAUGCAACAAGAAAUAGUCAAGAAACAGUUUCAGAGUAAAAUCCAUUCUAGAAUUGGUAGCUUUUUGAAACCUAGGCAUCAUAAUAUUAAGGACUCCUUCAGUGGGCCUUCAACUUCUGGUUCUAAUUAUUAGAUUUUGUGUUUAAUGAUUUCUGGGAUUAUAUCAUACGAGCCUGCUGUGAAUUGUCAUGUUUUAGCAACUGACAUUAUUUUGUAUAUCAAUGCCCAUUUAUAUAAAGGUUAUAAAAUUUAUAGUUUGAAAAUAA